AUGAGUGAAAGUCAUCAGAUGAUAUUCCAAAGGAAGGCAACGUUAUAAUCUGCUGUGGAAAAGCAUGACGCCAUUUGGAAGCAGCAAAGCUCAGUGCACAUGAUGCUUUGGGGUGUUGGCCAGAGAUUAAAGCAUGAGUUGGCGAUUAACUUUCCAUCAGAAGAUAUUCUCCUGGUAACAGCUUCUCCUGUUAUUAAAGCAGUUACAAAUUUCAAGCAGGUUUCUAAAAUUUUGGAAGAAUUUGAUGUUGAAGAACAACCAAGUACCAUGUUAGAAAAUCGCUUCCCCAACAUUAGGGUUUUAGAAUCUGGAGUAAAGCAACUGAAGAGUGAAGAACAUUGCAUAUUCACAGAAGAUGGCAGUCAGCAUGUGUACAAAAAACUCUGUCUGUGUGCUGGAGCUAAACCAAAAUUGAUAUGUGAAGGAAAUCCUUAUGUAUUAGGAAUUCGUGAUACAGACAGUGCUCAGGAAUUUCAGAAACAGCUUAAUAAAGCUAAAAGAAUAAUGAUCAUAGGAAACGGUGGUAUUGCACUUGAGUUAGUAUAUGAAAUUGAAGGCUGUGAAGUUAUUUGGGCCAUUAAAGAUAAAGCUAUUGGGAAUACUUUCUUUGAUGUAGGAGCUGCAGAAUUUUUGACUUCCAAACUCAUUUCUGAAAAACCAGAGACUAAAAUUGCACAUAAAAGAACUAGAUAUACAACUGAAGGAAAGAAAAAAGAAGCAAGAACCAAAGUUAAUGCUGAUAAUGUAGGCAGUGCCUUGGGACCAGACUGGCAUGAAGGGUUGAGUCUUAAAGGAACAAAAGAGUUUUCUCGUAAAAUUCAUAUUGAAACUAUGUGUGAAGUAAAGAAAAUCUAUCUUCAGGAAGAAUUUAGAAUUCUAAAGAAAAAGUCCUGUACUUUCCCAAGAGACCAUCAGAAUGAAUCAGUUAAAGGUGAUAAAGAGAUGUGGCCUGUGUAUGUGGAAUUGACCAAUGAAAAGAUAUAUGGCUGUGACUUCAUUGUCAGUGCUACAGGAGUUACACCAAAUACAGAACCUUUUCUCAGUGGUAACAAUUUUGAACUAGGAGAAGAUGGUGGCCUGAAAGUGAAUGACCAUAUGCACACAUCCCUUCCUGAUAUCUAUGCUGCAGGUGACAUCUGCACUGCCUCUUGGCAACCUAGCCCAGUCUGGCAGCAGAUGAGGUUGUGGACCCAGGCCAGACAGAUGGGAUGGUAUGCUGCAAAAUGCAUGGCUGCGGCUAGUUUGGGAGACUCUAUUGACAUGGAUUUCAGCUUUGAACUGUUUGCUCAUGUAACAAAAUUUUUUAACUAUAAGGUUGUAUUGUUGGGAAAAUACAAUGCACAGGGCUUAGGUUCAGAUCAUGAAUUAAUGCUGAGGUGUACCAAAGGACAAGAAUACGUCAAAGUCGUCAUGCAAAAUGGGCGAAUGAUGGGAGCUGUCUUAAUUGGUGAAACUGAUUUAGAGGAAACAUUUGAAAAUUUAAUUCUAAACCAAAUGGAUCUUUCAUCAUAUGGAGAAGAUCUUCUAGAUCCAAAUAUUGAUAUAGAAGAUUAUUUUGACUAAAAUGGAAAUUUCUUCAAGAACCAUAUAAAGGUCCAAAUGAGGAAAACUGGAAGUCAGUAAAGUGAAUCAUUGCAAUAAUCUAAUGAUGGCCACACUGAAGUUAUAUAUAGAAGUGAUAAUGAUGUUAGUGGGAAAAGUAUUAAAUACAAUUCUAAAGACAAAAUCAGUUCAAAUAAUUUAUUUAUAGAUAUAUUUCUAACACAAAAUUGGCCCCUUAUUAUAUAAGAAAUCUUAAGUUACACAUUUUUAUAUUUUGAACUUAAACAUUUUACUUACGAUUUAGCUUGGGAGCAUAUUUAACCAAGUUCUUAUCUAUUUAGCCAAAAUGUAUUCUAAUAGACCAGAUCUAUUUUUGACUGUAAAAUGUCAAAGUAGGGAUAUAGUUUAAGAAAGCUUACAGUUUCAUUUCCCUGAAAUAGAGAUGUAGCUGUAACUUAUUUGCUAAUAUUAUUUAUAUUGAUGCCUUAUUCUUUUUGAAUUAUAGAUAUUUUUAUAACCUGAUGAAUUCAUUUACAUUAUUCAGCUUAAAAUAUCACUCAGUUGUAGUGAUGAGCCUGUGUCAGUUUAAUAGUGCCAUCAAAAAGUUACAUCAAAAGAAAAAAAUACACUUAGGUAUACCAACACAUAAAGACUGUAAGAAAGCCAGAUGAAUUUAUUGUCAGUUAUUUUGUAUUUGUAAAAUUUUGCAUAAAAAUUAUUUGUAUUUCUUGUUUUAUAUUG